AUGGACGGGACCUUCGAUGUUGUACCCAAUAUGUUCCUCCAAUUAUAUUCAAUUCAUGCACCUGUGGACCCACCCGAACGUAGUAGGACUCUUCCGCUUGUGUACACGCUCAUGUCAAGUAAAUCGAAAGAAUGUUAUGAUGCUUUCUUUGGAGGAUUAAUCGAAUACGCAGAAGCCAAUGACAUUGACCUCAGUCAAAAUCAUAUUAUUACGGUUUUGGAACUAGCACCGAUCAUUGUCCCGGACUCUCAUUUCCCAGAAGCUCGGAAUGGCGCUUGUCUUUUUCACCUGCGUCAAUGUGUUUAUAGAAAACUACAGUCGAAUAAAUUAGUCAAGGACUAUGGUACGAAUGAAAACUUCAGCAUUGCUAUUCGACAAAUUACUUCUUUGGCAUUUCUCACUGCAACCGAAAUUCCUCCAGCAUGGGAUGAAUUAAAGGAAGAAAUUCCCGAGAAAGCAAAGCCUAUCGUCGAUUGGUUCGAUGACAACUACGUACACGGAAAAGUGAUCCGUUUACUUCGCGGUAAACCAAAACGAUCAGCACCAAAAUUUCCACCGAGUCUGUGGUCUGUACAUGAUCGAAUGGAGGAAAACCUUCCAAGAACCCAAAAUAAAAUUGAGGCCUGGCACCGACGAUUGCGUUCCCUCGUUGGGCACUUACAUGCAGGUAUGUACACCCUAAUCAACGAGCUGAAAAAAGAGCAAAAAACGGAGGAAGGCGAAAUUGAAUACAUAAAUCGUGGGGAAGGACGACCGAAGAUGAAAAGAGCAGACGCAGUGAGAGAGGAACGUAUCAGACAAAUAUUCCAAGAACGUGAACAGUACGAUGACGUACUCGACUGGAUUCGAGGCUUGGCACACAACAUUAAAAUUGGGUAA